UCAAAUCUAUCGGAUUUCGAUGAGACAUGCGCAUUUGUUUCACACGUCUAUCGAAUGAUCACGUGCCUCACCCACCGUUACCUGGCCAACAGCGACAACAACAUGUCAGCUCGAGAGAGAUCGAGCUCGAGAGAGACGUCGCAGAAGGACAAUCUACAGCUCAGUGAAAUGAAGAUGCCAUUUUCACAGUGGGAACUUCUGGACCACGACCAACUGAAUAUGAUGCUCGAUGUACCUGUGGACCAAGUACAGUUACAGUUUAAGGAUAUACUUGACUUCAAAAACCACCAGACCUGUGUGAAAGACGCCGCUCUGUUGGAUUACUUUGUCAAUGGAUUUUGUUGGGCCAGAGAGAUGAACUUCACCUGUCAGCAAAUCUCAUGUAUCAUGGCACUGUUACAGCACUUGCUAUACAACAUCAAAAACAAUCAGACAUCGUUUGCCGAUGAUUUCAAGGUAUUUACUGAGAUCAUGAACGUCAGCAGCCCAUCGGCAGAGACUGACACCAGCGGUUUAUUUAAUGCUGAUCAGAUCAGAUCCAUCACGCGUUACGUCAGGAUCAGUGUUUUCCAGCAUUACAGACUUUAUGAAUGGCUGUUCUCUCAACAAAGGCAGAAGCAACUCUUCACCACAGAGAAAUGCAUUGAGGUGGUCAAUCCGGUUGAUUUUGUCUGUCCGCUGGAGGAGGGAAUGUCUGCUGAUGUCUUCUUCCAGCAUGUGGCCCCCCCCUGCGUUCAAACACCUGAACAGUGCAUACAGGACUGUCACGAGCAGAAUGGAGAAGAAGUGGAGCGUGAGGAAGGUGAGGAGGAGGAUCGAACAGGCUUCAGUGUGGAAGACGUCAGAGAGAUGCUGGAGGAAACCACUCGAGAGAUGUUAGCACAACUCCAGGCCGACUUCACCGAGAAACUGCGAGCUCACGAGGAGACGUACACCUCGAGGUUAGAGCGACUUCAGAAAGUCUGACUGAAAUAGAUCUGCUGAGAGAGUUUCCCAGCUGUAUGAACUCAUUCACAUUCCUCUGCAUUUACACACUUGAAUAUUUUAUUUUUCCCUUUAGCUUUGAUUCAAGUACAAUUGCUUUAACGGUACAAAAUGGAUGUAAUAAAGGACAUGAUGAAAUGAUGAAUAUGAAAUGCAGGACAGUCAUGGAAGUCAAGAGGAAAGUGAAUAUAUAAUGAAGCUGUUUGUGUAAUGUUUUCUGCACCUUUUCCACAAGUCAUUCCAUGUUUUUAAAGUAACCCAGUGCUAUGGCAACGCUAAAUAACUCCGGCCGAAUAGCUGAGUUUGCCAUAAAAAGUGAUGUAUUAUUACGGCUGAAUAGUGAGUUUUCCAGAGAGCCCACAUAGAACUAUAAAUAUACCCUGCAAUAUAUACAAAAGAACGCUGAUCGCUGUUUUUUAAGCUCUUCUCUUUUCCAUUUCAAAGCACCAUUAUUUCACAUCACAAAGCAUACUGUUGAGUGUGCGAAUGAAUUACCAUCAAAGAUUAUUAGUGUUAUAGAAUAUGAGUGAAUAAGAGGAAUGGGGAAAUUCGGAAUCUCAUAACACGACACUUUUGAUAUUUCAACUCAAACAAGUUAUAAAUACUGCUGGUUCAUCAGCACAAUAUCAUGUUGCAGUAAUAUUCCUCCUCCGUGUGUCUGUUUUUACGUCCUGUUUUUUUUAGCUCAUCGUAGCUUUUAUGCCCUCGUGUUAACAUGCUGCGGUGAAGAUAGCAGCUUACCCUGCGCGUCUCCAGAACAUGUUCAAACACUUUAUGAGUGUUCUCUAUGUUCCCAAACCCAUUGAUAGAAUCCUUCAUUCCUGUGUGCACAAACAACAAGACUCCCUCUACUGGACACUGAGCGACUUACACACAUAGUGUCUAUUUCCUACUUUCAAUAAUAAACCAUUUCAGAUGACUUGCAUCUUUUAAAUGACUUAAAAAUGGAAAUUCUGUCGUCAUUUCCUCACCCUCUUGUCAUUUCAAACCUUUAUGACUUUCUUACAUCCGCAGAACAGAAAAGAAGAUAUUUUGAAGAAGUCCAACACUGGACCCCGUUCACUUCUGGACACAAAACCAAUGCAAGUCAAUGGGGGCCAGUUAACAACAUUCUUCAAAAUAUCUUCAGCUUUGAAAUGACAAGAAAACGAUGACAGAAUUGUUAUUUUUGGGUGAACUAUCACUUUGUGUCUUUUAUAGAUGGAUUCUGUGCCACUAGCACAUAUUUUUAAACCAACGUGCUUUACUUACAUCUGUCUCUGUAUGUUCAGCUGAAAACAUUCUAAGAUAAAAAGUGACACACUUUAAAUCUUGUGGAUGAUGUCGCUCGUUUAAAAAAAGAGUAAAUGGGCUUUUGUCCGUGUUGCUAGACUCUUUGAAAUGUUUACGUUGCAGUUAUUCUGUUUUUAGCGGAUGUCGUGCUGAAACAAGUAGUUUUUCAGUAUUGUUGAUGUGUGGCGAGUGAUUAAAAACAUUCCAGCGCACUGGAUGAUGUGAUGAUUUAUAGCUUUAAUCAUCCCCAAAAUAGCUGGAAGGCGUCUGCUCUACUGGCAGCAGAUUUUUCCAUGGUACUUAUUUGACAACAAGCCCACUUCAAGCUAAAGAUCGCGUCUCAGACCGGCCCGUCGCGCUUUGCUGUUUAUUGAGUGAAGCUGUACACAAACGGAGGACAGUAACAAGGUCAGAUGUGCUCCGGGCGUCCAGUUGUUCAUCUUGUUUUGCUGGCUAUUGAACUGGUCGUGCCGUGGCAGAAGCGAAAUAGGUUUCCUGCAUCUGCCGCAAUCCAGACCCCCUCCUUCCUCCUCUUGUCCAGGCUGAUGUCAUUGGGAAUGUUAUUAAUUGAGAUCAAAUGCUGUUCUGAACACAUGGGUGCAUAUCUGUGGUGCCCGGUGAAACCCAACCGGCCUGUUUGUCAAGCGCUCGGUCGAGAUGUCAAGCUCAGGUUUUCCUCGGAAAGACACUUUGUGUCAAAUCAGUAUGGAGGAUGGACUAUAGGCCUAUCCGUGUGUACAUUUAUUACAUCAGAAAGAACAGCAUAAAAGGAUUGUUUUUACUAUAAAAGUGUGCUGUGUCCACUUCAUUCCAAGACACACACUGAAAGAAAGUCUCUUAAGAGAGGUGAAAUACAACUGCAUUUCACAUGUUGAGGCUUUUCUUUUCUCAUGUCGACGAUCUUCGAAUGAAAUGGAAUAUUUUCCCCGUUUCUCUUUUUGCAAUCACGUGAGACGUGAAAAACCACAACAACGUGUGCGUGGAAGACGGCUGUCGUUAUGGUUUUUUGUCGGCCGGUUUUGGCGUAAGACUGUUCUGGCGAUGUAAUAUGUGUCCAUUUUGCUGCAUUAGAGAGGAAAGAAAGACAAAGGAAAACAUUUUUACAAGUUAAAGGGAUGGAAAUGAUUUAAGAGGCAACAGUUGGGCUCGCUCGUGGGAGCAGAUGUUCGAUUUUCCUCCGGUGGAAGAAAGUUACGGGGGUUAUCCAGAAUGCUUGACUGGUAGCCUCCUGGCUUUCCACACAUUCCUAAAUUGCCAUGUAAUUUAAGACCUUGUUUUCAUUGCAAAAUAGAGCGCAGUCGUGUUACAGAGCACAAAAAUAAUGUUUGCAUUGUUGGAGGAAAGAGCAGUUGCGAGGCGGCAAUAAACGUGCCGAAUAGCGCCGUUGCGCAGUAAAAUCCCUUUCAAGUGAACAGGUCAAGCGUUUUGUCAGCCGUACACGCAUGCAAAUGUUUAAGAGACUUGUUUGCAUUGGGCUCAUGACAUUUCAACCGCUUUCCCUGUAUCAUUUACAUGAGAAUCGUUCCUCUUUAGAAACCUGAGACUUAAUAACGUGAACAAUAUGCUUCCUCUUUGUUUCAACAGAGCUCAAUAACAACAGCCAGCCCAUUAUCUUCAGCCGUAGUUUCUAUUCAUCUGGUGGGCGCCAUUAAUGUUGCUUACAUAAUGAAAUCCAUCGAGUCUUUAGGGCUGCUUGUAUAAAUCCUUCAUUUCCCGCGGCGGCGCGAGUGGAGUAAAUCGGCCCCACCCUUCAUUUGAAAAGAAUCCUUCGCUUGCUUUACAGUCAAUCUUAUCUGAGCCGAUACUAAUGUGUGUUUAGAAAAGAAAACAUGAAAAAGAUUCCUCGCAAAGGUCGGACUUCAUCCGCAUAACACUUUCGAAAGAACGUAGAACGUGAAAUGUCAUAUCCCAUAAAAAACGAUUUUUUCCCAAUGAAAUGUUCACAGUGUAAUUGAUUUGAUUCGACUCGCAUAUAGAAGGUUCUUGCAAGCAGCUAUUGCACUUGUGAUAAGAUAAGACUCCAUGUGUUUCCAUCUAUCAAAUACACUCAUGUAAAGCCCGUUAAACACGCUUUAUUUCACUGCAAUAAAACAGACUCGUAAAAAGGUCACAGCAACUUCACGAGAGCCACACCAAAGCCACAGAGGUUUAUGACACAUUCAUUUACUGGGAAUGCCGUAAUGUACCGUAUACAGUAUAUAUAUUAGGGUCUAUAUUUAUGUAGUGAUGUGAUCAGCAUUAUAGGAUCAGCUCCGGAACGGAAGAGCAGUUUAAAGGCUGUUGUGUCGUGAAAUCCACGAGUGGGUGUUUGUUCAUGUCUCAACCACACAUGAUAAUGAGAAACAUUUGCCUUUAUACAAACUGGUAUUAGCAGCACAUGAACACACGAUAAGUAUGUGCAAAAUAAUUGAACGUGAAAUUUCACACGAGUCUCAGCGCUGCUGGUUUUUCUGCUUCUCUCAAGCAUUUACAUCCAAUCUACAUCCAAUCUAUUCUGGAUGUGAUCAUGUUAAGGUUCACAUAAUGCAAAGCAGCUUUUUUGCUUCUGUGACAGACGAAGCGUGUUUUGUAUAACAGGCUGAAUAAUGUAUUUUUAAUAUCACUCCUUAAAGCAGGAGCUCUAUUGUAAUGAGCUGCAUUAUUAUAGGCGGCCGUGUGAAUUAUGCACAAGCCUCAGUAUCAUUCCAACUGUUUCAGUGGCGUUAGCACACAUUUCAGAACUGAAUAUCGCGCGAUCGUUCGCAGCCGUAUCGUAAAAAAAUAAAACAAUGUUGCCAAUUAGAUGCCUUUCAAAGCCUGGGCCUUUAUGCAGUAAUGCAGUGAAAUCCAUUACGUGUCCGGAUGAUAGAAAGCAAGCGCUGCUGAAGGACCAGACAUGGAUAUUGAUCUAAUAUUAUCGGUCCAGUGUCAUAUUCCCCACGGAACGAGCACGUUUGACACUUGCGGUGAGCUAAGGUGAACACAGGGGGCGCUAGAAUUCCCCAACGACCAUGAGCCGUUUUCACUCCAAAUGUACAUGCACUCUAAACCCGGACGAGUUGGCAAUACUCAAAAAAAGUAAGAGGUUCUUGGUUUUAGUAAGCAGAACUUUCACAUUUUGAUCACCUAAAGUUCUUAAUAAGUCUCAGUAAGUGUGACUUAAAUAUUUAAUUCAUCUUUCUCAUGAAGUUAAGUAGACUGAACUCAUUUUCUAAGUUCACAAAUUAGUAUUCUUUAAGUUUCUUUCACGUUAAUCAAAAAUAAUCAUUAUACUUUACUCAAAAGUAUAAAUGUGUUUCAGGAACUUAAAUUAUUUAAGUAAGUUUAUAUCAAAUUAAAUUUACAUGACUUAAUCCGAGUGAUAUACAGUAUUUUCAGAGCGACAUUUACUUGUGUCAUUCCAAAGAAGCUUAAAUUUGCUGCUCCAGUCUCCAUUUACUUCUAUUGUGUGAAAAAGAGCAACAUGAACAUCGCACAGAACAAAACUCCUGUUGAUUUCCACUAAAGAAUGUAAGUAAAUGAUUUCAUGUCGAGGGUCACCUGUUCCUUUUUAGUUUAACCUCCCGGCUAAUAUUUGCUGUAAUCUUUCCCAGUAAAACUAGAAAGGUGAUCCUCUGGUAAGCGUGCAGCAUCUGUUCUUUGGAAUAUCUGUUGUUGAUUCGAGCAGAUCUGCUCUGUACAAUUCCGUUUCCCAGCUGAAUGAUUCCAGUGACUCAUAUAGUAACUGUUGUAAUUUGUUGUCAUGGUGAAAUUCUCUCUAGAGCACUACAUACAACACCAAUGGCAUCAGCAGAAAGCGGGAAAGGAUUUGGCUGUGACACAACGCAAAUAACAGACAUAAACAUGUAAAAAUGAAAAGGUUUUCUGAGAAUCCCCCAUGUAGCUGUGUAAAUUAAAGCCAUUCAUACUCGUGUUAAUGAUAGCCCUCUGUCAAACCGAGCCUUUCCACCGCCGCCGCAUCAUUAACAACAAGAUAUUUAUGAUCUACUUACAGUAUGUUUACAUUCAGGUUCGCACAUUUUCUCCUUAACAAAGGUGUUUUACUCGAGCACUGCAGAAACCAGCCAAGAAAGGUGAAUACACAACGAGUGAUGUCAUACGAGAGAUGUUGCAAAGGCAGCAUGUGUUUUCCAUCUUAACUGUACAAAGCUAUAAAGAGUUUUCAUCUAGCGUAACGUAAUACACAAUCCAUCAAUAACCGUGAUGUGAUCUAUCUAUCACCUGAAAUUAGUCAAGGGUUUCAUGUGCAUUUUAGUUCAACUGCAAGCUGCUGUGUGUCAUUUUAGGUAUUUGAAGUAUUUGUAAAAAUACUUUAAAAAAAAAAAAUUAAGACAUUUAUUGGUCAUUCUGUCAACAGUCUGAUGCUGUCAAAUAUCAAAUAAACAUCAAAAUGUUAAUGCAUUUGUGAAAAUGUUUAAAUGAACAGUCCAUUUUCUGUUGUUAAGGACCCGUGAAAACACAACCAUGUUCGCUAUUUUUAGGUGGAAAUCAUAUGUUGCUUUGUCCGGCUGCUUUUGUCAUUUGUGCCAGUUUCAGAUAUCAUCCUAUUUACUGCUGUGUGUCUGUGCAUCCAAACAAGACAACAGAUGCACCUGUGAAAGUGAUUGAUCAACACACGACACACAGAGAGAGAGAGAUCUGA